UGCUUUGCUCAUUUGCAAUCGAAUCAAGUACGCCGUCGGACGUGUUCGUCAAUUUGCUCCCGCCGAGUAAAACCGUGUGUGUGAGAACUGUCAAAAAUCUGCUUUUCGGGUGAUUCUCCAUCGAAUAUUGCAUCAUAACUUCCAGGCUCUGGCAGCGAAACGUGAUUGUUAGUUCGUGAAUAUUGGACCGCAGCCCUAAACCGGAACCAUGUUGAAAGCAGCCCGUUUGCUAACCCGCACCCUCACGCAGGAAAACCGCUGCCUGCUGAAAAAUGGAGGAGACCUCGGUAACAGCAUGCUGGCCCGAUUCAAAUCCGACACCGUCAAGGGUGCCGUCAUCGGUAUCGAUCUGGGAACUACCAACUCCUGUGUGGCCGUGAUGGAGGGCAAACAAGCAAAGGUGAUUGAAAAUGCCGAAGGUGCCCGAACGACCCCAUCCCAUGUAGCCUUCACCAAGGAUGGUGAACGAUUAGUUGGCAUGCCCGCCAAACGACAAGCCGUAACCAACUCCGCCAACACGUUCUACGCUACCAAGCGACUGAUCGGUCGCCGAUUCGAAGAUUCGGAAAUCAAGAAGGACGUUAAGAAUCUCUCAUACAAAGUGGUCAAGGCUUCGAACGGAGAUGCGUGGGUCCAGGGAAGCGACAGCAAAGUUUACUCGCCCAGCCAGGUCGGUGCAUUUGUGCUGAUGAAAAUGAAAGAAACAGCAGAAGCUUAUUUGAAUACUCCGGUCAAGAAUGCAGUCAUCACGGUGCCGGCAUACUUCAACGAUUCGCAACGUCAAGCCACCAAAGAUGCCGGACAGAUUGCAGGUUUGAAUGUGCUACGUGUUAUCAACGAGCCAACGGCUGCCGCCUUAGCCUAUGGAAUGGACAAGAGCGAGGAUAAGAUUAUUGCCGUGUAUGAUUUGGGAGGCGGCACAUUCGAUGUUUCAAUCCUGGAAAUCCAGAAGGGUGUAUUUGAGGUCAAAUCAACCAAUGGCGAUACCAUGUUGGGAGGCGAAGAUUUUGAUAAUGCUAUUGUUAAUUAUUUGGUAGCAGAGUUCAAGAAGGAACAAGGCGUUGAUAUCACUAAGGAUCCAAUGGCUAUGCAGCGCCUGAAAGAAGCUGCCGAAAAAGCCAAGUGUGAACUCUCGUCAUCCGUUCAAACGGAUAUCAAUCUGCCUUACAUCACGAUGGAUGCAACUGGACCAAAACAUUUGAAUCUGAAGUUUACACGGGCAAAACUUGAACAAUUGGUAGGAGAUUUGAUUAAACGAACUAUCGCUCCUUGCCAAAAGGCUCUGGCUGAUGCUGAGGUUUCGAAGUCUGACAUUGGAGAAGUGUUGCUGGUUGGCGGUAUGUCCCGUAUGCCUAAGGUACAGCAAACGGUGCAGGAAAUCUUUGGUCGCGUUCCAUCGCGAGCUGUCAAUCCAGAUGAAGCCGUAGCUGUUGGAGCUGCCGUUCAAGGUGGUGUCUUAGCUGGUGAUGUAACCGAUGUGCUACUUCUGGAUGUCACACCCCUGUCUCUGGGUAUUGAAACGUUGGGUGGAGUUUUCACCAGGCUUAUCAACCGCAAUACUACCAUUCCAACCAAAAAAUCGCAGGUCUUCUCAACGGCCGCUGAUGGUCAAACUCAAGUCGAAAUCAAGGUCCACCAAGGUGAGCGUGAGAUGGCGUCAGACAAUAAGAUGCUCGGCUCAUUCACUUUGGUCGGAAUCCCACCAGCACCUCGUGGAGUUCCUCAGAUUGAGGUUGUCUUCGAUAUCGACGCUAACGGAAUUGUGCACGUGUCUGCAAAGGAUAAGGGUACUGGAAAGGAACAACAGAUUAUCAUUCAGUCCUCUGGUGGUUUGAGCAAGGACGAAAUCGAAAACAUGAUCAAGAACGCCGAACAGUUUGCCGCUGAUGAUAAGCUUAAAAAGGAUCGGAUCGAGGCUAUCAACCAAGCGGAAGGUAUUGUGCACGAUACAGAAUCUAAGAUGGAGGAAUUCAAAGACCAACUCCCAAAAGAAGAGUGCGACAAACUGCGUGAAGAAAUUACCAAGGUGCGGGAAAUCUUGGCCAACAAAGACAGUGCUGAUCCUGAAGAAAUCAGAAAAACUGUCGGCACUCUGCAACAGUCCUCGUUGAAAUUGUUCGAGAUGGCUUACAAAAAGAUGGCAUCCGAACGUGAAAGCAGCGGAAGCAGCAGCUCGUCUAGCAGCAGUAGUGAAGAAGCCGAAAAGAAGGAAAACAAGAAUUAAUUUGGUCCCCCUCCCACAUCCACACUUCAUUCUAAUUCCUUUCCCAAUCGUACCCACAACCCAUUGUAAAAAACUAGUUGGUAGACUUAUGUAGUAGAGAGUUAGUUUAAAUUUAUCGAACACUACAUAACAAAAACACAAAAAAAAACUUUAUUCUACGCCUAACUUAACAACCAGAACUAGGACAAGAGUCAUCUUUUGAAAAGAUUUGAACAUUGCUAGCUGUUUGAUUGGAAGCCCCCUUAGCUUGUAAGCUUGUUGUGUAUUUAUUGCGUGAACCAGUCAUCGAGAGCAGACCGAGUAUGGACCUUCCUUUUUCGUUAUACUCAUAAUGUGUGUAUCAACCGAAUGGAUUGUAUUCAAAAAGACGUUAUGAAUUUCAGUUGAAUAAAAAAAAUCGUUUUAUUUGUCUCUUAAAACUAAGAUUGUCUCAAAGCAGGGAGCGUAUCGUUCCUUGGGAACCAAUUUCACCAGAUUGUAUUUUGUUGGUGGUAGCGAGGAAAUGUACACGUUAAUUGAACAUCUAUCAUUCGCACAGAACAAUGUCUGUGAUGACUGGUUUGGGCAAGUUCACAACGAAAAAUUGAUCGAAACGACGACCGUGUGAUGGUUCGGAGAAAAUAUCGGAAAGUGUUUAUUUCGUUUCGACUCUGAAUUUUUACCAAAAACAAAACGAAUUCAAUCGUUUGAAACAAAAACUAAACAACUAUUGCGAAAAGCUGGUGGUAUUGAAAGAGCUGUAGAAUGCAUCAAAUCUAUUGUUUUUGCAUUACUCAUAGAUGGUAUAAAGUUAUGUGUUCUGUAAAGUCGGCUGAUGGAUGAGCUGCGUUGUUUUAAUGCAAUAAUAUAAGGUUAACAUACUGAUUAUAAUAUAAA